AUUAGUAGUGCUGCAUACAGUACAAGGACAAGGACAGGGACAAGGCCACUAUCCUAUCCGCCUUUCUACGCCCGCCGCACCUUGUAUUCUUUCACUCAACGUGUCAAUCAAUGGCUUGUUCUGGAAUUUCCUGACACAGAAUAUGCAGCACAGGGCCAAACGCAGUCUCAGCAAGUUUGCUGGUUGUGAAGACCUCCCACGCCACCAUGUCCAUUGACAUUGGUUUUGCGGAGAGACUGACCAGCAUCGUCUCACUGUAAGCCUUUGUGGAUAUUACGUUGCUCUCGACUGACUGAUGACCGGAAGUACUAAUGCAUUCACACUGCUUGGGAAUGAUGCAAAUGAAGCACGCAGUACUGCUAGGGAUCUCGAAGAAGAAAUUCGGAACAAAGCUACUUCGCCAGAAGAAUACCACCAAAGCCUAGAGAAAGCCAUCUUUGCACUGCAGCGUGUGAAAGACUCUUUGGACGAAGAGGAGAAAGAGUCGCCGGACGAGGCUGAAAUCCUAAACCAUGAAGGACCCAGCUUUGGGAGCUAUCAGUACGCCACUUUUCACGCAGAUGGCCUCAUGUCGACUGUUUUUAAGGCGGAAGCGAAGGAUAGAACCGCUCCUGCACGACUUGUGGCUCUCAAAGUUACUCAUCCAGCCAUGAUGACUCCUCCACACAACAGCGAGAGAGAGGCUCGGCUUCUGGUCAAGGCUCGUUCUGAGCAUGUUGUGCCGCUGUUGGAGGCUUUUCACGAACCAGGAGGACAGUUCAUCCUUGUCUUCCCCUUCUUACGGCAGGAUCUGGAGAAUCUACUUCGGUCAGGACGGCUGGAUAACAGCCAGACGAGCAUGAUUUUCGAAGGACUCUUCAAGGCUUUAGAGCAUAUCCACUCGCUUGGGAUGAUUCAUCGAGAUGUCAAGCCUUCCAACAUCUUGCUGAAGACGAUGCGUGGCCCUGUGUAUCUUGCAGACUUCGGUAUCACAUGGGACCCAGUGGACAAAGACUCCGAGCCGGCAGAUGCCAAAAUUACCGACGUUGGAACCACGUGUUAUCGUCCUCCUGAGCUGUUGUUCGGCCAUCGCUCGUACGACGCAUCCUUGGACAUGUGGGCCGCUGGUUGUGUGGUCGCUGAGAUGGUCAAAGAUGACCACACUCCACUCUUUGAUGCGGGCCCUCUAGGAAGUGAACUCAGCUUGAUCAGGUCAAUGUUUACAAUUCUCGGCACACCCAAUGAUGAGGUCUGGCCUUCAGCUCAAGCGUAUCCAGAUUGGGGUAAAAUGAAGUUCCAGGCCUUUCCGGCAAAAUCCUGGAAGGACCUUUUACCCGGAGCGAGUGCGAAGACUGUUGAUUUCGUCACCAAGACUGUGUGUUACGAAGCAACUGGAAGACUCACUGCUAAACAAGCGCUUGACCACGAAAUCAGAAACGACCUUCAAGGGAACUUGGUACCUAAAGAACAAACCCUUGGCCAAUGAGAUCGAAGGAUGACAUAAGAUCAGACGGUUCGCGACGCGGGCGUAACCUGCAGGUACACCUUCGUGUUCGCGGCAUGCCACCCGUUUAGUAUCUGGUACAACGAUACUGGUCCAUUCAUAUCCCAACAACAGUGCGUGACCCAAUCCACUUCGCCGCUUGACUGGCUGUAUCAAAAAAUGGACCAGGAUUUAUUCGCCUGCUCGCGAAUCCUACGCAGAAUGCUUCAU